AUGGCAUUGGAUCACCACUCACCGUCUCUUCAGAUAUUAGUUCGGCGGCCGGAAGAAUGCUCGCUAUGGACUGGACCUCCGUUCCCAAACGGUCAGCCUAAUAUCAAGCUUGAUAAAGUUAAUUGCUUGAAUGCGAAGUUCAGUGAUGAUGGAUCUUUGUUUUUGGUGGUGAAAUCUAAUUCGGUUGUUAGUAUUUAUGAUUGUAAGAGUGCUCAAGAGAUUAGGUCUUUUCAAGUUCCUAAUCUUGUUGCUGCUAGUUUGUCCCCGAGGGGAACUUUUUUGCAAACGUUUCAAAAACCUGCGCCGCAAGAGAAGAAUGUGACGUUGUGGAAAACGGAGACGGGGGAUUCUGUUUAUCAACUCUCUCAGAAGAGUAUGACAAGAGUCAAUUGGCCUGCAAUUCAGUUCAGCUCUGAUGAAGCUACUGCAUUUCGCUGGGCGACUAAUGAGUUACAGUUUUUCAAUACUGAGGAUUUUUCUAAAGCAUUUGUUUAUCGGUUAAGAGUUCAAGGAGUUGCUUCUGCCGAGCUUUCUAGUUCACCUGCUUCUCAUGUAGCUGCAUUUGUUCCGGAAUCAAAGGGGGUUCCUGCUAGUGUACAAAUAUAUGCUUGUGGGAUUGCUUCCAGGGCACCUUGUUACGGUGCUAGUAUCAUCCAACAAAGAUGA